AGAUCAUACAACACUUGAAGUCUAGAGUUAGCCAUGAAACCAUCAAUCGUAUUACUUCUGGGCAUUGGAUGCCUACUAGCUUUGGCCAGCGAAGUGAGCGCCGAUUGCUGCCGCGCCUCGCUGACAAUCACCUACACAGUUGAUGGCGGACAGGCCUGCGGGAGCGUAGGUGGACAUGGAAAAUCGGACAGUUGCACCAUUACAAUCUGCGCCGAUGGCCGAGCCCAGGUGGGCACCUUCUGUGGGCGUGGGUCCUGCAACAUAUUCGGCUGCGCCUGCAAGAACGGCUGCCUGACUGGCGAUUAUCUAAACAGUUUCAUCAACAACAACAAAGGUCAUAACAUUAAGGUUCUGGGCCAGAGGUGGAAUACAUAAUUUAAAUCAAAAUAUGCUAAUCUAUCCAUGGACAUAUUUACAUAAACGCGUUUAUAUUAUAAUCCUUUAAAUCCUAAUCAAUUGUAUGCACAAAAAUAAAAAUAUAAUGGUUAAAUUUAAA